GCAGCUCGCGUUCAGUAACCCUCUACCGAUUCCGGCAGAUGUCCUACCGCAGAGCGGUGGCCAUCUUCCUAACCCAGCAGACAUCUUCCGGAAGACAUCUUCCUAAUCCGGUAGAUAUCUUCGGAAACGGGCAGACGUCUUCCGGCAGAGUAGCCCGCGUUCAAUAACCCGCCCGCUACCGAUUCCGGCAGACGUCUUCCGGCAGAGAGGAAUGAAUGGGCGUGGUGCCGCUGAUGCUGAUUCUGGCGCUGGUGCCGGAACGUCGGCUGCAGCGACUGCAGCUGCUGGAGCCACGGCAGGAGGAGAGGGAGGUGGACGAGGCGGUGGCGGUGGCUGGCGGUGGUGAUUGGACGCCUGAGGCUCCGCCCCCUCUCUCAGGUGAUUUGACGCCUGAGACUCCGCCCCCUCUCUCAGGUGAUUUGACGCCUGAGACUCCGCCCCCUCUCUCAGGUGAUUUGACGCCUGAGGCUCCGCCCCCUCUCUCAGGUGAUUGGACGCCUGAGGCUCCGCCCCCUCUCUCAGGCGAUUUGACGCCUGAGGCUCCGCCCCCUCUCUACAGGUGAUUGGACGCCUGAGGCUCCGCCCCCUCUCUCAGGUGAUUGGACGCCUGAGACUCCGCCCCCACUGCAAUAGUCGGGAGGGCGGGACUCCCUGCCUCUACGUGCAACCGGAUUGCGCAACCGGAUUGCGCAACUACGAGACGCAACUCCGACACGCAACUACUACACGCAACUCCGACACGCAACUAACACGCAACUAACACGCAACUAACACGCAACUAACACGCAACUAACACGCAACUGUGACACGCAACUGUGACACGCAACUAACACGCAACUAACACGCAACUAACACGCAACUCCGACACGCAACUAACACGCAACUAACACGCAACUAACACGCAACUGUGACACGCAACUAACACGCAACUGUGACACGCAACUAACACGCAACUAACACGCAACUAACACGCAACUGUGACACGCAACUGUGACACGCAACUGUGACACGCAACUAACACGCAACUGUGACACGCAACUAACACGCAACUGCUGAUACUACAACUAUCACUGAUAAUAGUACUGAUACUACAACUAUCACUGAUAAUAGUACUGGUACUAUAACUAUCACUGAUAAUA